UGUGACUCCUGCUGUCAUUUCCAACAUGGCAGCCGGCGCUGUGGGGCUGAUUCUGCUCAUUUUCCUCAGUGAAAGUUUAAGUUUGCCUGUCGGCCGCCAGGAAGAGUCCGUGUGUGGUUACCAGUCGUGUCACGCGACCAAGCCCGGCAUGUUGAACGUCCACUUGGUCCCACACACGCACGAUGACGUCGGCUGGCUCAAGACGGUGGACCAAUACUUUUAUGGAGACCGUAAUGACAUCCAACAUGCGGGGGUGCAGUACAUUCUGGACUCUGUGGUGGAUCAGCUGCUGAAGAAUCCCGACCGCAGGUUCAUUUACGUGGAGACGGCCUUCUUCUACCGCUGGUGGAGCCAACAGAGCUCCAGCAUGCAGGAGACGGUCAAACAGCUUGUCAAUGAAGGCCGUCUGGAGUUUGUCAAUGGCGGCUGGUGUAUGAGCGACGAGGCCACCACCCACUACAGCGCAGUUAUCGACCAGAUGACCAUGGGCCUCAGGUUCCUCAACGAGACGUUUGGACCUUGUGGACGUCCCCGGGUCGCCUGGCACAUUGACCCGUUUGGACACGCCCGUGAGCACGCCUCCAUGUUUGCACAGAUGGGCUACGAUGGCUUUUUCUUUGGUCGCGUGGACUACCAGGACCGGCGUCAGCGGAUGCUGGCAAAGGAGCAGGAGCUUCUGUGGAGGGCUUCUGACAGCCUCGCCCCACCGCUGGCUGACCUCUUCACUGGCAUCCUUCCUAAUGGGUAUAACCCCCCUGACGGCUUCUGCUGGGAUCAGUCAUGUGACGACCCACCAAUCAGAGAUGACCCGAAGCUGGAGGACUACAACGUUGAAGACGUGGUUGAACGCUUCCUCAAUAUUGCAAACAGCCAAGCGCUGGUGUACAAGACGGAUCACAUCAUCAUGACCAUGGGCUCAGACUUCCAGUACGAGAACGCCAACCUGUGGUACAAGAACCUGGACAAGCUGAUCCACUACGUCAACGCUCGACAGUCCAACGGAAGUCGAGUCAACCUGCUUUACUCCACGCCUUCGUGUUACCUUCAAGAGCUGCACAGAGCCAACCUCUCCUGGGUUCUGAAGACGGACGACUUCUUCCCCUAUGCUGAUGACGCUCACGACUUCUGGACCGGCUACUUCAGCAGCAGGCCUGCGUUGAAACGCUAUGAGAGGCUCAGCAACAGCAAUCUGCAGACUUGUAACCAGCUGGAGGUUCUGGGUGGACCAGCCUCCAGGAGGGGACACUUUGGCAAGGGGGACAGUCGCACCUUAAAGAGCGCCAUGGCGGUGGCCCAGCACCAUGAUGCCGUCUCGGGCACCGAGAAGCAACACGUCGCAAACGACUACGCCAGGAGGCUCGCCAACGGGUGGCAACAUUGUCAAGUUCUGGUCAGCAACAGUCUGGCUGUCCUCAGCGGCUCAACGGCCGAGCGGGUCUACUGCAACGACCUCAACAUCAGCGUGUGUUCUCUCACAGAGUCCAGCAAGAAGUUCUCCAUCAACGUGUUCAACCCCCUGGCUCGUCCCAUCACCUGGCCCGUCAGGCUUCCUGUUAACGGGACUGCGUACGUGGUGUCUGAUGCUCAGGGAAAGACUGUGGACUGUGAGGUGGUUCCGGUGUCUCAAGCCACGCGGAAUGUGAGGAGGAGCCGCGGCUUUGCUGUGAACGAGCUCCUCUUCCAGGUGCAAGCCCCUCCACUGGGCUUCAGCACUUACUUUGUGUCCUUGCUUCAAGACGGUUCUCCACCAGUCUUUAAGUGGUACCGCGGACCCAAAUCCAUCUGGAACAAGUAUCUACAAGUGACAUUCGACCCAGACACCGGCCUGCUGAGUGGCCUGGCCAACUUGGAGACCAAACAGAACAUCAGGCUGGCGCAGAACUUCUACUGGUACAACGCCAGCGAUGGCAACAACACAGCGAGCAACCAGCCGUCAGGAGCUUACAUCUUUAGACCCAACUCCUCCACGCCGUUUGUCAUCAGCAAGACCGUCAAGACGACGUCAGUGAUGCAGGAAGUGAGGCAAUGGUUCGCUCCCUGGGUGUCGCAGGUGGUUCGUCUCCAUGCCGACAGUCGGGUUCUGGAGCUGGAGUGGACUGUGGGCCCCAUUCCCAUUGACGACGACCUGGGCAAGGAGGUGAUCACUCGAUUAGACACGGACAUCAAGUCUUCAGGGAUCUUCUACACAGACUCCAAUGGAAGAGAGGUUCUGCAGAGGAAGAAAGACUUCCGGCCCACUUGGCACCUGAGGCAGUCGGAGCCCAUUGCCGGGAACUACUACCCCAUCAACUCUCGUGCCUUCAUUAAGGAUGAUGAGGACCAACUCACUGUGGUGACAGAUCGCUCCCAAGGUGGCGGAAGCAUCCAGAACGGCUCUCUGGAGAUCAUGCUCCACCGCCGUCUUUUGUACGACGACGUUCGCGGAGUCGCCGAGCCCCUUAACGAGACCUCUCACAUCUUCCCGGACGGUCUUGUGGUCCGAGGGCGUCUCCUGAUCUCCCUCGACCGCCCGGCCACCGCAGCAGACACGCACCGCCCCGUAGCGCAGGGGAUGGUACUGCAGCCCCUGCUUACGUUCACCGAAGGAGACCUGCACCCGAACACUCGACUGGAGUUCUCAGGACUUCAGGCUGCGCUGCCCCCUGCUGUCCACUUGCUGACGCUGAGUCAGUGGGACGAGCAGCUGGUACUGCUGAGGCUGGAGCAUCAGUUUCAGAGCUGGGAGAGCAAAGUCAACUCGCAGCCGGUCACCAUCAACCUGCAGAAGCUCUUUUCCACUCUGGAGGUUCUGGGUGUGUCCGAGUUGAACCUGUCAGCCAAUCAGUGGAAAGAUGAGAUGACGCGUUUUGAUUGGACACCACAGACAGGCGAGAAGCCACUGAAGAAAAAGCUUGAGGACGCUUCCCCGUGGGAGGUCACCUUAACACCAAUGGAGAUCCGAACCUUCCUGCUCAGAGUGGAUCUCAGAUAAUCCCAGAUGAAACGCUCUGGUUGCAUCAGGAUGGGUGUUUCUUUCAAAUCCUUUGACCUCCAUCUUGUGUGUUAGCAAUGGGCAGCUGUAUUGUCACAUCCACUCUGGGACCUCAAAUCCACCACCUUCGUUGUGCCUUUGGAGAUGACAAACACCACACCAUCACAAAACCAUGAGCCAAGAUUCUCUCUGCACAAAUAAAUGCUUUUAUAUUGAUUAAUGAAAUCAAUAAUUCCAACUUUGCAAAUUCCUCCUUCUCUCAUAGUAUAUCAGUGGGUUACUUUGAUUUUUGAAGAGAAUGAUAUUAACUCACAGAACACUUCACUGGGUACACAAUCCAGCAUAAUCCAAUACAGUAGAUCUGUACAAAUGGCACAAAAAAUCAAAUAAUGGACACACCAAUAAAAAGCCCUAUUUCUUCUACUCUACACCCCAUAAUAUGCGUCGCAAUUAGUCGUCAUUUUAAAUCGAGCAUUACACAAAUAAUUACAGGCACACAGUAUUGUACUCACAAAACAGCAGUUACACAACAUCAAAUCUUGUCAAAGCAUCUUCCUGCUGGAAAAUGUUGAGUGAAUUGACUUGUCAGACAGCACCCUCUGCUGGUUCACCGCUGUAGCACUCUUUCUCCCACAGAUAGUGCCAUCAAAGCACUUCCUACUACUGAAAAUAAAUGUCGACAUAUGUACAAAGAGUAAGUGUAGUCAGAAGUGAUCAUUAUGUUUGUCAAGGCUAAAUUUUUGUAUAGAAUCUUUAAUAGCGCAAGUACGCACAGGGCCGCCUCUCCCUACACGCAGAAGACGCACUGUGCAUCAAGCCCCACAAUGCACGAGGGAUCCCAUUUUGCACAAUGGGGCGCAUUCGCUGUGCAGAGGAUGCGUGACAGCUCACGGCAGAAAAGAAAAGGGCAGAAUUCACUCACCUGUCACUCCCUGGUGUUGUAAUGGUACAAGCUGAUACCUUUGAUGGCAGAGGGCAUGGGUUCACUCACUGCCAUGGACAGUUAUUUUGAAAUAUUCUGUUAAUUUGUUAUUUUGCAGUAAUAAGAAUGUAUGAAACAACACAAGUAUUUGUAUUAGUACAUGCAUCUCAAUAAAUUUAGGUUCAAGUCAAUCUCAUUAAGCGUUUAAAUAAUUCAAAAUAAUUUACAC